AUGGCAGACGAAUCGCUUGACGCUCGCUUAACCCAGGAGGUGACCCUCCUCUCCACGAAAUUGGUCACGGCGGUCGCCAAACAGCUGGAGUUGGAAGAAGCCACGUUACACCUCCACAAAGAAGUCAACCUGUUGAAAAAUGCCAAUGCAAAGUUGGUUCAGUACGAGGAAUGGUACAAGCUCUUGCUACCAAAGUACAGCAAGGUCCAGGACGAAUUGAGAACCACCCGCGAGGCCAAACGGGUCGCUGAAGCCGACAACGCCAAGUUGCAAGGAGAAGUGGAAGACUUGACGGCGUCGUUGUUCAACGAGGCCAACCAAAUGGUCAGCAACGCAUCCAGAGAGACUUACAACUUUAAGGUCAAGAACCGCAAGUUGUACGAGGAAAUCGACGAGAAGAACACUAUCAUCAACGAUCUCCAGGAGCAGUUGAAGGACUUGAAGGAAUUGUUCUUCCGUAUCGAAGAGCAGCAGAAACAGACGUCCGCAUCCAACUCUAGAAUAGGCACGCCAAAGAUCGAUGGUGAGUUCUCAGGAGCCAUGCCCAAGCCAGAAACUGGCGCAGAUGCUUCCCAUGAAGACACCAAGGCCGAGGAUGAGUUGCCUCCCCACUUGGAGCCCCAGGUCUCUGCCUACCACCUCCAACAAUUGAAUUCCUUCCUUUAUUCUCCCAAGGUCAGCUCCAUCAGAUUGGACUUGAAUAACUACAACCAAGAGUUCAAGGGCUUCAUCUAUGCAUUAUCCAGGCCAGACUUCCAGUUCGACUUGAACAACUUGAAGAGCUACGCAUUUUUCAAGAAAUUGUGGCUGGAAGAAUUGGAACACUCGUUGGCAUCAAUUCCUGCCUUGCCAAACAACUCGCUAAUUAAUAGAUGGCAAAAGGGAAAGAACUUCUGGAGUUGUGUGGUCGAAGGCCGUGCUAUGAUUGAGCCAGUGAAGGGAAUCAACGAGGCAUUCAAGACUAACUACAGAGGUGGUUUGAGAACUGGAGGAACCACAAGCACUGCCUCAGUUGCCCCUGUUGCAAUCAAGUUCCCAUGCAGCUUUUGUGGAGAGACACGAGAAGACAUUUUGGAGCAUUCUCGAUUGUACUACUUCAAGUUGUUGCAUGGCGGAAAUACCUACAUCACAGACUCAAACUCAUCAGCCGACGAUCUGAUUGCAAGCUAUCCAUUGUGUAACUAUUGUUUGAUCAAGUUGAGGAAUAUCUGUGAAUUCUUUGCGAAAUUGAGGUCUAUUCACUCCAACGUUUAUAAGUUGAAGCCUACAACUGCAUUUGAAGAAUAUGCACAGAUAACAACCAAUACGAGUGUGUUCAAGAGGAACUCAAGUUCUUUUACAGGGUUGUAUCCACCCAAGGACGGCGCCACUUCCAGCGAGACCGACAGCAGUAGCGACUUGAUGAACACCAACGUCAAGCAGAUAAAAUUGGAUCUGGUUGAAGAAUCCAAAUUGAUCAAAAUCUAUGUGAUGUUGGCACUUAUCAGGAGCAGAAUAUUUUGGAGCAAAGUAGGGAUCUGGGAUACUCCGGAUAACGUUAGCGAGAUCAAUCUCGAUGAGGUGUCGUAUGAGGUGUUCGCAAACUUGAUUGCCUCCAGCAAUUCCAACGCU